GGUGGGUGACGAUCGUUUCCUGAAUGAGGAGGGCGGAGAAAAAGGCGGAAGCCGGCGUUGGGAGAGGCGGUGGCUUCUGAGAAGAGGAAAGCUGGGGCGAGAUGGAAGUAGUUAGGUGUCCGGAGCAUGGGACUUUAUGUCUUCUGAAGACCGGCGUCCGAGAGGGCCCGAAUAAAGGAAAGAGCUUCUACGUGUGCCGGGCGGACACUUGCAGCUUUGCGCGGACCGCCGACAUUCCUGUUUCUCACUGUUUAUUGCAUGAGGACUUUGUGGUAGAGCUUCAGGGUCUAUCUCUAUCACAGAGCAAGAAAGAAUACAGGUUGUUCUUCCGAUGUGUUAAAAGUAAAGCAGAGGGGAAGCAGUGGUGUGGAAAUAUCCCAUGGCAGGAUCCUAAUUCUAAAGAACAUUUUGGAACCAGUAAGUCUCAACAUGCCUCUGAGCCAUCUCACUAUCCUUCCAGCCAGCAGAGAAACCCGUUCAAGGUACUUGAUAAGAAUCAAGAACCAUCCGUCUGGAAACAGUUCAUCAAAGGUGAAGAUGAGGAAAAGACAGCUGAUAAGAAGCAAAGAGAAAAGGGAGACCCACUCCUGGAUCAGAAAAAGGAACAAAAGCUGGAAUCUAAGUGCUGGACAGAGAAAGAGCUCUCAUCUGGCCUGGGAGUAAAGAAAAAAGAAUCUGCAGUUCAAGACAAGCAGCAAAGGGAGAAGACAGAGUUUCAGUGCAAAGCAAAGGAGAUAGAAAGGAUGCACAAAAGAAACCUUUUUGAGAUGAAAUCCAAACAGGUCCAUGGAAAUGUGCUCAGAGAACCAUCUGCAUUUCAGGUGAAAUCAGAUAGUGAGAGUCAUUCUGUCCAAAAAGAGUCAGAACCUCCGACAGAAAAGGAAACUAAGCCUUUGCCCCGAAUUGUUCACAGUCAACACUCAGUAAGCCAGCCCCUGAAAGGGAAGCACCUCAGUAAGGAGCACCCUAAGAGCGGGGAGGCUGGAGAAACAAAGACAGGGAACGACCCAAGUACACAGACCCUCCGGAAGAGUCUGCCCCAGGGCCGUUUCCAGGCUCAGUCGGAGACCCGGGACAUGCCUGCUCCAGAGGAACCCGCUGCUCAGCCUGCACCACUGGCUACAGUGCGUCCCGCAGGAGGGAGGCGAGAUGCUGACACAAGCAGUGCUGACAGUGAGGAAGAGGACGUUGUUUUUGUUUCGUCUAAGCCAGGGAGCCCCUUACUCUUUGACUUGCCUCCAGACACACAGGAGAAGAAGAACCUUAAACUCCCUGGUCAGAGUGUGCAAAGAAAUGUUUCUUCUGCCCUGAGUGUCUCCAAGAAGGGAGAACCUUCAGACCCAACAGCCCAACGUGUGUUCCUCACAACACAACUGAAACAAAAGAAGAGCACGCUGGCAUCGGUGAACAUCCAGGCUCUUCCAGACAAGGGUCAGAAGUUGUUCAAGCAAAUCCAGGAGCUGGAGGAAGCGCUCAGUGCCCUGGCCCUCUCCCCAGAGCAAGACGCUGAGGAGAAGAGUAACACUCAGGAACCCCAGCAGAGUCACUUCACCAAAGAGACCACUGACCCUCCCCACUUGCUGCCUCCCAAGCCCCUGCAGGGUCAGGAUCCCUGGCCUCUGGGUUCUCAAGGACUGAAGGCUGCCCACCAGGAAGCUGCUGGAGGGCCUGGUCAGAGCUGUGGAGGCUCUGUGAGCCAGAAUGGCCUUCACGCAGUGUGGAAGAUCACAAGUGAAGCCAUUGAUGAGCUGCAUCGAUCUCUUGAGUCUUGUCCUGGGGAGACCGCCAUGGCAGAGGAUCCAGCUGGGCUGAAGGUGAUCUGGGAAGGCCCGCAGGGCAGAGUGUCCUGGACAGUGCCCUAG